AAAAGGAGGAAAAUUAAAAUGGUGGAGGUAUGAAAGAAUAAAGCCGGGUACUCGGUUUUCACGUUCAUUACCACUCAGCUGGAAGCCGUCGCUACCGAAUCGAAGCCAUGAAAGUCCGUUCUUCAGUGAAAAAGAUGUGUGAAUUCUGUAGGACAGUAAAGCGCCGGGGUCGAGUAUAUGUAUACUGCUCAUCCAAUCCCAAACACAAGCAACGCCAAGGCCUAUCAACAUUUGCAAGUGAAGGCCCUUCUCCUCCCUUGUUCUCAAGAAGUGAGGUGAAGCAAGAGAUUCUUCCCAGUUAUAGCCCGCGAACAGGGCUGGCUUCUCUCAUCCCCCAAAAGCACGAGCCAACUACAAUGUUUGGUUGGAGAAUGGGUCUGGCUUCAAUCCUGUUGAAGAAACACAAUUAGCUUUGUAAACAAAAGAACAUCUGAAGUUGGCUGAUCACAACCGUCUCUAUUUCUUUUGCCAUGACAAUGCUGCUACGUUGAUUAGUACUUAUUGAUUCUUCGACCCUAUUUUGCAAUAUCAGUACUUUCAAUCUGAACCCUCUGAAAAAAAUAAGCACCGCUCUUCCCAGUUUGGUUCUGUUUGAGUUGGUUUUGAUAUUUAGAAAUGGGAGGAAGAGAAUUAUCGUAUUA